UGCGGCUUAGCAAGAUGCAGUCGCUUCCUUCGAUAGCCACUCUGGUCUUCUUGUGCGCCUUGUCCACCACUGUACCUGUGCAAACACUGGGCAAAAAAGUUCACGGCUCCGCCUCUGCGUUCACGGUCUUCGAGAAGUUUCGUUUCGCCUUGGCCAUAUUCGACGAAGACCAGGACGGAGACCUGGACUGCGUGAGCACCGUACGGACGCAGUUCGACAAGAGCAUCCCGAGCGCCACCUACGUCUGGAUGUUCAAGGGCAACAAUCCGCGGAAUGUCACCUUCCACAUCAAGCCAGGACCGACUUUCGACACGAGCACUUACACAAUGGAUGACGAUUACGAGCACGAAUAUAAUGCCUACUUCUACUACUCAGACUACGAGAACUGCGUCAUUUUCGGUAUGCCUCACCUAGACAGAGACGAGUGCAUGUUGUGGGUCACGAAGAGGGUGAAAGACGAAGUGCCACAAAUCUGCACGGACAAGUACAUCGAGAACUGCGACAUGCAAGUCAUGGCGUACGACAAGGACAGCUGCGGCGAAUACGCCGACUACGAUUAGGUCCGCUCUUUCCCACGUGCAGUCGCCAGAGGUUCUCGCCCGUCUACGU